GCCGAGCGCCGAGCCGGGCGCGCAGUGGCGGAGCCGGGGCCGGGCCGGGACCAUGGGCGCCCCGCACCUCGCCUGCCUCCAUCCGCGGUCCCGCCCCUCCAGCCCGCUCCUGCCCGGCCCCCGCACUCCUGCCGCCUGAUUCCUGCCGGAACUGGGGCUCGCAGGAUCCCCCUUCCCCGGCCGUGGCGAGCCAGCUGGUCUCCAGAAGGCCCGCGGGUGAACCCGAGUGUGGAGCAGGCAGUGCCCAGCCAGCCUCACAGACGUGACGUGACUGCGGACAGAGCUUGGCAACAACUCCUCGGAGGUGUUGGUGCCCGUCUGAACAUCUGUGCGAAGAGGAUCUAAAGCAGGUGGUUUGAAAAGCCUCGUGUUCCCUGGAGAGAGGUGGAGAUGCAGGGGGACAGCCAGAAAGCCAGUGCAUGAACCUGCCCCAUCCCUUCUCCUGGCUUUCAACAAAGCUGAGACUUAAGCCCAGGACACAGCAUUUCAGAUGCUCUGAGAGACUGCUUCUGCAGAGUAAGACAUGUCUACUUAAGAAAAUUUGGAAAAUGCAGAAAAUUACCAAGGAGAAAAGAAAUCUUCUGAGAUCCCACCACCUCCUUAAAGAAAUGAUGUGUUCCUGACUCGAGGUGAAACCAUGAAGAGAAGAUAAAACAAAUAAUAAUGCUUUUCCGCAAUCGCUUCGUGCUGCUGCUGGCCCUGGCUGCGCUGCUGGCCUUCGUGAGCCUCAGCCUUCAGUUCUGUGAGUGUGUGGCUGGGCUGGCGGGUCCUGGCGGGGGGACGGAUGCUGCCUUCGUUCACGCGUCCGCGCAGCCGCUCACACAGACGGCCCCUCCACCUGGCUUCGGUGUGCUGAAGGCCGAAGGAAGUACCCAGCGCACAUUCUGGGAGGUCGACCAUGUGGAGCUGUUGGUUCUGGACGAGGAGGCCCGGGGAGAGCGCUCUGAGCACGCAGAGAGGCAGGACAAGCCCAGGCAGCUGGGUGGGAGCGGAGCAGGCGAAGAGCUGGGGCCUCGGCUGCUGCUCUUCGAGGUCGGCUCUUGGCAUUUGCAGCUCCAGCUCUUCGUGGGCCCCCCCGAAGGUCAAAGGGAUGGACCUCUCCUGGGUGAUAACCAGACAGUGUGCUUCUCUCUCGCAGGCCACGCUCCGCAUCAUUUUAAGCUGGUCUCAGUGCAUGUGUUCAUUCGACACGGGGACAGGUACCCACUGUAUGUCAUUCCCAAAACGAAGCGCCCAGAAAUUGACUGCACUCUGGUGGCUAACAGGAAACCGUAUCACCCUAAACUGGAGGCUUUCGUGAGUCACAUGUCCAAAGGACCCGGAGCCUCUUUCGAAAGCCCCUUGCACUCCCUGCCUCUUUACCCCAGUCACCAGCUGUGUGAGAUGGGAGAGCUCACGCAGACAGGGGUUGUGCAGCAUCUGCAGAAUGGCCAGCUGCUGAGGGACGUCUAUCUGAAGAAACACAAACUCCUGCCCAGUGACUGGUCCACAAAGCAGCUUCACUUAGAGACCACUGGCAAAAGCCGGACGCUGCAGAGUGGGCUGGCUCUGCUUUAUGGCUUUCUCCCAGAUUUUGACUGGAAGAAGAUUUAUUUCCGGCACCAGCCCAGCGCUCUGUUCUGCUCUGGGAGCUGCUAUUGCCCGCUGAGGAACCAGUACCUGGAAAAGGAGCAGCGUCGGCAGUACCUGUUGCGUCUGAAAAACAUGCAGCUGGAGAGGACCUACGAGGAGAUGGCCAGGAUCGUGGACACCUCCAGCAAGCAGCUCCGGGCCGCCAACCCCAUAGACGCCAUGCUCUGCCUCUUCUGCCACAACGUCAGCUUCCCCUGCACCAGGAAUGGCUGUGUUAACAUGGAGCACUUCAAGGUGAUCAAGAGGCAUCAGAUAGAGGACGAGAGAGAGAGGCAGGAGAAGAAACUGUAUCUGGGGUACGCGCUCCUGGGCGCCCACCCCAUCCUGAACCAGACCGUGGGCCGCAUGCGGCGCGCGGCAGAGGGCCGGAAGGAGGAGCUCUUUGCUCUCUCCUCUGCGCACGACGUCACUCUGGCUCCGAUUCUCAGUGCCUUGGGCCUUACAGAAGCCAGGUUCCCGAGGUUCGCGGCCAGGUUGAUCUUUGAGCUCUGGCAAGACAGAGAGAAGCCCGGCGAGCACUCCGUGCGGAUUCUCUACGACGGUGUCGAUGUCACGUUCCACACCUCGUUCUGCCAGGAUCACCACAAGCGGUCUCCCAAGCCCAUGUGCCCCCUCGAAAACUUCGUCCGCUUUGUCAAAAGGGACAUGUUCGUGGCCCUGGGUAGUGGUAGCACUAAUUAUUAUGAUGCGUGUCACAGGGAGGGAUCCUAAAAGGUACGUGGUGCGGCGCUAACAGAAUCUAUGCCCGUACGGAGGGAGGGGAAAGGUCCGCUUCUAGUUCUUUUGGUUGCUAAGGGUACAAGGUGAUUUUUAAAGGCCGGAAAUCAUGCUUGGGGGCCACAUAGAUUUAGGGUUGAACAGUGAAUAUGUUGCUGUAAUUGGGUACUUGAGCUACUUGGUACACAAUGGCCAGUUCACAGAGAAAGGAAGGUACUUUAUCAUAGCCAGACUUUGCUUAGGAUCCCAGAAUAAUGCUUCAGUACCCAAAGCUGCCAAUCCACAUGUGUUCUUUUGAUCUGCCUUGGUACUGUAUGAUGGAACCAGCAAACCUCAGCCAAAAGUUUCUUAAUCUGGGACAAUCUUACCUUGUCCUUGUUCAGUGAACAAUUUCCUGAAGUGAUUUAUCUAAAGUAGGGGUAGGCAAACUUUUUCUGUAAAGGGCCAAGUAGUAAAUAUUGUUAGACAUUGUGGACCAAAAGGCCACAUAUAGCGUCUGUCACAGCUACUCGAUUCUGCUCUUGUAGCUUGAAAGCAGCGACAGACAGCAUGUGAAUGAAAAAGCACGGCUGUGUUCAUAGGCCGCACAGAACAGGCAGUGGGCCAGGUGUGGCCCGAGGGCUGUAGUUUGCUGAUCCCUGUUCUAAAAGCUAGGCUCUACUACAAUUGCACUUUUAGCACUUUGCGAGAGAACCAGUUGAAUACCCAGAAUUAUUCAGUGGUGCCUCCAGGAACUUCUGCUAGAAACACAGAAUCUGGUCUGUAUCCGACAUUAUAACAAAACUUGAGGGGAAAUAAACAUUGAAUCAAAAUGAAUCAUAGAAAAUUUAUUAGAAUAAUACUUGAUGUUCAUGAUGAUUAUGGUAUAAGAUAGUUCUGAGUCUGUCUUAAAUAUUUGUCUGCUGUAGUCUAUUUGCUGUACAUGCUGAAAUUUUUGUAUUCCAUUUAGUAUUUUUAUAGUCUAGGAAAAUAUUUUCUAAGACCAGUUUUAGAUGUGCUCUGAUUCCUAUGAAAUAUUCAAUUUACUGUAUCUGCUUGGGGGUUAGAAGGGAGCCAGAAGCUGAAUUCAGGCACUUUCUUCCAAUAAAACUAAUUAUGGCUCAUUGCCUUCGAAAAGCAGUAGAAUUGGAUCGAUUUUUAAACCAUUUUCGUGUUUCAAAUGGUAAAUUCGAAUUGAGUUUUAAAUAAGUUUUUGGAAGAACUUUGUUACUAGAUAGUUAAAUAAUCUUUGUAAGGUAUUUUAUAUAUUAGAAGCAAUUAUAAUUAAAUCUGUGAUUUCUGACUAAAAUGGUGCUAGUUCUGUGCGAAGAAAUAUAAAGUGAGAUUCCCCAAUGUCGCUGGUAUUCCAGCCUUUUCUCUUUGUUUUUUGUCCAGUGUUGCAUUUGAAUACAUCCGUUUCUAUUAAUAAAUUUUUGAAGA